GAGGACCGAUGACUGUGCGCUCCGCACGCGCGUGGGGGUCUCGGCGCUGGUUCCUCUCACGAGCCCUUACUACUGUGCUCCCUCCGCUCUCCUCCCCCAGAACACCCUCGUGACCGGGAGCAACCGGGUCCAAACCGAGGCUGACCGUAACGGUCCCAAAGCCUGUGUGAGAGUCGCCCUGCUACAUCACAGAGAAGUGCUCAAGUUAGGCUAUUGCACGUGUAACCGACUGAAAUGUCCCUGUAAGACAGACUGCGGCAGGAAGUACAUGUUGAUGAAAGUGAUCUGUGCAGUGAGCUCGAACCAGAGCGAGCCGGCCCAUGAGUACCCGGACUGCCGGGAGGGCUCUGGUGCGGCCAGCCUGUUGGUGUCGCCGCUGGUGGUGGCGGGCAUCGUCAUCGGCCUGGUCCUCUUCCUCUCCUGUGUAACCAUCAUCGUGGGCAGCUUGCGCAAAGAUGGACGCCUCCGCAGCCAUCAUCUCCACGCUCGAGAGGCUUCCGACGGCCUCUCCUACGGCGGCUCCGUAGGGGAGCUUAGGUCGCCGUGUGUCGAGGAAUUUGCCCCGGCGUUCGAUUUCAGCUUCUACACGGAAAGUCCAACUCGCACGGGCCUCGUGUACCCAGAUUCUCCACCUCAUUAUGAAGACUGUGUUGGACCUGGAGCCACAGAGAUAUACGUGCCCACAGAUGACCCUCCGCCGUACUCGCUCGCCGACCCGUGUCUCGAGGCGUUCCGGCCGGCAAACCCCACAACAUCGGAGGCCCAGGAGCGAUGGAAUGGAGCCUCUUACUUGGCUGGAACUCCGGUGUCCUACAUCGGGCUGCCCGUGGAGAACGCGCCGCCCUACGAGGCCGUGGUGAGCGGGCCACGCCGGCCCAUCCCUCUGAUGCCGACUGAGCCGCUCAAGCACCCCGGGGAGGAGAGCGAGCUUCAGGGGGCCGUCUCCCACCGGACUGUAUAGGCCGCAUCCACCCUUGGUCCUCUGGAGCACAUCCAAACUCACCCUGUAAACCCGAAGCGCGCUGAACCCUUCAGAUCGGACUCAGACCGGGUUUAACAGACCGCUUUUGCGCACGAUCCUGUCGGUCUCACUCUGACCGAGUACUGCACACAGUUGUAGUUAGACCAGGUCGUUUAGACUAGACCAGAUGCUAUAGAUGGGACUCUCAGUAGCGGCUGAAUCUCCAUCUCCAACCAAGUGCUAGAGACCAGACCGGAUAGGGCUUCUUUCUAGUAGUUCUUUCACCUCGAUGGCCUGUUUUGCCGUUUUCACGUCACCCGGAAGAACAGCAAAGUAGAUCUGAAAUGUGAGCAUAGCUGGGACUCACUUUCGCCCCCAGCGGGUGAGCCAGUGCACUGCAGGUCUAGGUCACCGGCGACCAAGAGGAGCAGGCGUCUCGUAUUUGAUCAACAGAUUCGUUUAUGUUCUGCCUGCACUGUCGAACGUAUUAAGUUCGGUUUACCAGUGCUACUCUUAAAAAUUACCUCACAAUCCUGAAAAAAUGCAACACGGACUAUUUCCCGUAACUUUUUGUGCAAAUUCAGUUUUCCUUUUUCCACAAAAAUCCAUCAUGUUUGCGGUGAGCUGCGUUUCCGUCACAUUGUCACUAUAUUCACCGUUGUGCUGCGGUUUACGAAAUAAAGGCUUUACAGGCACGCGGUUAUAUGCCCCCCAAAUAUAGAUCAGAAAAGGUAAUAAUAUCCAGUGCGUCUAUCUGAGAACAAGCAUAAAUUUGGACACUUUAUUUCAACACCAGUUUUUGAAAUGCCACAUAUUCUGUAGAGACCAUAUCAGGAUCUACAGUUAUUUUUCUUGCAAAAGUAUAAAGAUAUGAUUUUGUUAUGACUUUAUUAGGACGGCCCAAAGCCAAAUACGAUGACUGUUGAGACUGAAAUGAGACGAUAUGAUGGCUCGUUAGUUCAGUUCGGCUGCUUCAUAACGCUAGUCAGUUAGAGAGAAUCUAUCACUUUUAGUGAUUUUAAAUUAUAUAUCAUAUAAUAAUUUUUUUAUUUUAAUGCAGGUCGAAAUUCAUUUUAAAAAAUAUUUUAAAAUCUCUUACCAUGUCUUAUAUAGCUAUAUGUCCCAAAUUUUCGCACAAGCUCACAAGAAUAACUCAAGGGAUGUCUGGGUUGUGAGGUAUGGAGUAAAAAAAAUUACUGUAGAGUUAGAAACAAAACAAGUUACAAACAGACUUCCAGAUCCAGUUGUAAGUCGAGAAGCCUGCGUAUAUGUACUAUAAUAGCUCUGUUUUACCGCUUUCUACCGUUUCAGAUUUUACCACGUUACUUUACUGUGAAGCACCAUAAAUGUUCACCUGCCGCAGGUUUCCUUUUACAGUUGCUGUUACCCUGCUAUGGAAACCUCUCAAAUGUUUGAAAAAAGGUCCGUCUGAAGCGUCCGUCUACCUAACUCUGCGGGUUCUUUGAGAAUCCCAGACGCGACACCGUGUUCCCGAUUCUGCCCAAAUGGACCGCCUGAGCGCGAGUUUGUCUGAGGCGGCGAAUGUCCCGAGAGAUGCUCUCACGCCCAUCAUCCCGAUGUCUCGCCUCAUCUCCCUCCCCCCCGGGCCUCGCCCCCGCCUCUCCUCCGCUGUGAAUAUAAAUGACUCCUGAAAGCAUUAGAGCACCGAGGGCCUCGUAGCAGUGAUUUAGAAGCAUGAUUGCAUCGUUGGCCCUGUGCAAACAGCCACAGGCGGCGCUGAAUACGAAAUAGCCUCCUGUGUUAUGUAAAUUAUUUCUUGUGUGUUCCACCGUUGUUCAGAUGUGACUGAAAUACCUCCCGCUCAAAAUUCUCGUGCGGCAGGAGGAGGCGGACUGCACCGUCCAGCUUGCUCGCACAAUGUGCUCUUCACUGCCACCACUAAACAUAUGAAAUAUGAGAUAUUGAAACCCAAUGGUGGUCAGUUCAGCUACUUCUGAAGCUUUAUGGCUGACUGAUGAGCUGAAACGCUCAUGUAGCACCUAGUUUAUAUUCUAUGAAAAGGCAAUAAAAAUUACACAGAGCUGGAGCUGUUGACUUUGCAAGUGCUUUAUUUAUGGCCUUGUGUAGAUAAUUUAUUAUUAGCAUAUAAUUUUAUGUAUUUGUGUAACACAGAAACAGUACGUGUGUGUAGACAAAGGGCACCAUUAGUACUGUAACAUAAGCUACCUUUCAGGACCAGGACUCCACGGUAAAUGACGUUUUUACCAGUUCUCAGCAGAACUGGUUUAAAACAGCAAUGUGCCUAAUACCAGGUUAAAAUACCAUGGUACAGUCUGUCCUUCCUCUCUGUGACACUUCUAGACUACUGUAGCAUUGGGAAACUCACAUCUUGGAGGGAAUGUAUCCCCUUUACUGUGUUUUACACAACUUGUUACUCUAUUUUAUUUUCCUCGUUUUCCUCAAACUUCUUAUGACAAAAUGCAAAUCCACAAAUAGGAUCAAAGCAAAGGACUCUGGGGAGUUUUUAUUUAGUUAUGAGCACACUUUUUAAAAUUGUGAUUUCUUUUGUAAAAACUGUGAACUGUAAGUAUACAAAGUGUUUUGAAUAAAUCCCCAAAGUAUUCCUACUCUAUGAAACAUAGCAAGAUUUUUUUUUUAAUGCUAUUUUUAUUUACUUAUCUAUCCAUGUAUCUACCUCUGCAUCUAGCACUCUGCCCAUCCAUCCUUCUCCCUCUCUGAUGCCUUUGUUCAAGGUGAUUUACAGCAAUAGAUUCAUGAGCCAUAGGAAAGAAUUGUGUGGAACAUUUAAUGCAAUAAAGCCAUGUAAACAACCAAUAUGUAUGGAACAAAGGCUCACACGCUGCAUUAAUCCACACUGAACAGAUGCUUCUCACUGCCCUCUUAGAGGCUAGUGCAUCGAACCCCUGCUGCUAGUAUCACCGUUUAGUCCUACGAAGGUCACGCCUCAGUGACGACAAGCUU